AUGUUUAGCAGACCAAGUAGUUCCGGUGCUUUUAGUAUAUUCAAAUGGAAAAAGCAAAGUCCUUCAUCUCUGACAAGAGGUUUACUUAAUGAUUCGCCGGAGAUUGAGUUGUCUGCAUACGGAAAACUCCCAAGUCCAGGAAGUGAGAGCCCUUCAGAUCUCCUUAAUAGCGAAAGCGUAUAUGUAGAACCGAUUGCUGAUUUGGAUCUCUUCUUUGAAAGACUUUACAGCUACUACUGCGAGAAAGGGCUAUGGUGCAUUGUUAUAAAGUGGAUUGUUGAACUUCUAAGUCUCGGGUUCACCAUAUGCUUUUCAGGAUUUUUUUUAUUAUAUGUUGAUUGGAAUGGACUCCGUAAUGCAAAAUGUGGGAUGGAUGCAGUUGAAUCUGGAAUUAAGCCCUGUGAUCUUAGCAAAGAAGCUCUUAAUCAACACCCUUUAACCCCCCUGACACUUACCAAAGCUAUUAUUGUUGGAUACUUGGGAAUUUUUUCGAUCUAUUGGAUAUUUUGCUUUUUGAGAUUCUUUGCUCAACUAAAAGAUACUCUAGAAAUCCGCCAGUUUUACUACAACAGUCUUCAUGUUACUGACAAUGAAAUUCAAACUAUGCCCUGGGCCACAAUCGUUGACAAAGUUGUUCUCGUUCAGAGUACUCGAAAGCUAUGCGUGCUAAAGGAUCUUUCUGUUCAUGAUAUAGUCAUGAGACUGAUGCGGAAGGAGAACUACUUAAUCGGAAUGCUCAACAAGGGUGUGCUUGCUUUCCCCAUUUCACAAUGGUUUCCAGGUGCUGGCCCUACAGUUCAAUCUAGUCCUGAUGGAGCACAACAUCGUUUAGUACUUACCAAGACCCUUGAAUGGACUUUAAACUGGUGCAUCCUGCAGAGCAUGUUUGAUCGGAACUUCCAUGUCAGAAGGGAUUUUGUGUCAAAUCCCAAGACAUUAAAGAAAAGGCUUAUGGUAGUUGGGUUUGCAAUGCUUUUACUUUCUCCAUUCCUUGUCAUAUUCAUGCUGGCAUAUCUAUUUCUGAAGCAUGCUGAGCAAUUUUAUAAUCAUCCAAGCACUGCAUCGUCUCGAAGAUGGUCAAAUUUGUCUAGGUGGAUGUUUAGGGAAUUCAAUGAGGUGGACCAUCUCUUCAGGCAUCGGAUUAAUAACAGUGUAUUGCAUGCUUCUGAUUAUCUGAAGCAAUUUCCAUCACCUAUCAUAUCUAUCAUUGCAAAAUUCAUAUCUUUUGUAUCUGGUGGAUUUGCUGCAGUUCUGAUAAUUAUUGCUUUUCUCGAGGAGUCUCUUCUAGAGGGCCAUAUAUUUGGUCGGAACUUGUUUUGGUAUGCUGCUGUUUUUGGAACUAUAACGGCUAUUAGCCGGGCUGCAAUUGAAAAUGAGCUUCUUGUAUUAAAUCCUGAGGGAGCAAUAUCUAUGGUGGUUCAAUAUACACAUUAUAUGCCUAAGAGAUGGCGUGGCAAAGAAAUUACUGAACUGGUUCGCAUUGAGUUUGAAACCUUAUUCCAGUAUACUGGAAUGAUGUUACUUGAAGAUAUGGCUUCAAUUUUCCUCACUCCAUAUUUACUUCUAUUUGUUGUCCCAAAGCGAGUUGAUGAUAUCUUGCAGUACAUUGCUGAUUUCACUGUAAAUGUUGAAGGUGUUGGGCAUGUUUGCAGUUUUAGCACCUUUGAUUUUCAAGAGCAUGGAAACACUCAUUACGGUUCCCCAUACAAUGCCCCUCGUAUCCGGAGGAGUUCACAGGGAAAGAUGGAGAAAUCGUUGUUGAGUUUUCAGAGUAGUUACCCAUCAUGGGAACCAAAUGCUCAGGGGAAGCAGUUUUUUCAAAAUCUAAGAACAUUCAGAGAGCAGAAGUUAUCAGCAAAUGGAAACCGACAUAGAUCUUCACCUCCUAGAAUGUGGAGGGGUAGUCCCAAUAUGGGAGACAAUGGAGACAGAAACCGAUUUAUAUCUGUGGAAAUGCCACACAGUACUUUUGAAACUGGCAAUCACUUGGGUUCUUUGUGGCUGAUAGAAGCCAACCAGAACAAUCAUCCCUAUCUUCUUGAUUGGUACUACACAUCUCGACCUCAUGAAGCAACUUCGAGUGAUGUUCCAUUCGAACCAUAUGGAGUAACAGAACAUUAUUCCAGAGACUAUUCAAUGCCCUCCAACUUGCAACAGAACGAACCCGAGUAUGAAGAAUACUCUAAUCAGUACCAAGAGGAACGGGCUGGAUCUCAUCUUGGGGCUUCCACGUCAGCUCCCAUCUUCAGGGAGAGCCUUAUUAACGAUCAAAAUUAUAAUGAACUUCCCCAAGCUACUAGAAGCCAAUGGUGGGCUAGAAGUCGCCUACAUAGUGGAAAGGCUCAGACAAGCUCCUUUGAGCCUCCAGAUUUUAAUGAUCAAACAGAGUGGGCUAGAAGUCGCCUAAAUAGUGGAAAGGCUCAGACAAGCUUCUUUGAGCGUCCAGAUUUCACUGACCAGACAGCAUAUAAUUAUCAUGACAAGUUUUCUGAUAGGGGCUCCGAGGAUCAAGAUCAAGAACAAUACUCUUACUGGAGAGAUCAUCACGACAAAUUAUCUAGAACAGCACUGACAGAUGACUUAGAGGCCGGGGAAUUUAAUCUACAUUUUGGUGAUAUAUAUAGCAGACCUCCAGAAACUCCAACUGCAGGCUUUUGA